UGGAGGGGUUUAUAAGGCAGCGCGAGGAGGCCACACGCCACUCCGACUCAAACACUUCAGACCACAAGCAGCAAGACUCCGAAGCCGAGAGUACAAGUACCAACCGCGCCAGGAGAAAAAGCAUUUCGUUCUUUGCCCGUUAUUCGCUCGCUCGCUUUCGCUGGAAUACAGAAGCAGCAGAAGCAGCAUUAGAAGAGGUUGGUAGUAAACUCUCUGGAGUUUGGUCAGAGUCGCUUUGUGCCGUUGCGCUUGUGGAAGUGAAGUGCACCGAGACUUGGACAUCCAGCCCGGGACGUCUGGACGCGUUGUGACCCGUUCCCGCAUCCCAGCAUUCCCGCGGAAGACUUUGAGACUCUCGGAUGGAGAGCGCUUGUUAGACACGCUAGAGUACCUCAGUAACAGAUAUGUCCCCUUCAAUCUAGUGAAGAAUCAAACCCUCCAUCCGCAUUUAUCGAAGUGAACACAUCAAACCCCUGCCAGAUCAAAGAAGCCCAGUUAACUCCUAUCAAAGGGUCCACCUGUCCUCCUGAAGCGAGAACAUGGAGCGGCGGUUCGUCUCAUUGGCGCUGUGCGUUUGCAUGUGCGUGAUGUUCGCCCCGGGCAUCUCCACUCCCUCCGGGCCAGCAUCUGCCACCUGUGCCACCCUGGAGCAAAGCCGCUUCUUCGGUGUGUUCUCCUCUAAGACCGCCCUGUCGUCAGCGCCGUGCUCCUGGACCCUGCAGAACCCCGAUCCUCGCCGCUACACCGUCUUCAUGAAGAUCACCAAGCCUACCGAGUCCUGCACCCCACGACAGAUCCAGACCUUCCAGUUCGACUCGUUCCUGGAGACCUCUCGCACAUACCUGGGCAUGGAGAGCUUCGACGAGGUGGUCCGACUGUGUGACGCUUCCUCCGCGGUGGCCUACCUGGAGUCCAGCAAACAGUUCCUGCAGGUGCGGAAGGUAAUGCCACGUCUGGGUGCGGAACCCAUGGAGGAAGACGAAGGCAACGAUGAAGGCAGCCAGUUCAACGCCGAGUUUCUGGUCGUGGGGAAGAGGAACCCAAGCAUGCCAGCCUGCGAGAUGCUGUGUCAAUGGCUGGAAGACUGCCUGGCCACCAGCACCCAUAGAAACCCCUGCGGCAUCAUGAUGACCCCCUGCCAGUGCUGGGAGCCUCCCAAAAGGAGGACCGGUGGCUGCUACAGGGGCGGAGUCUACACCGAGAAGUGCUCGCCUACCGUUAGAGACAGCAACCGCGACGCCGAGAUCAUGAGCUCGGAGUGCAGAGGAGAAUGGCAAGAAACCAGCAACUGCUUCCUCAGAGACUGCCCAGUGGACGGGAGAUGGCUGUUGUGGAGCUCAUGGGGCAGUUGCAGCAAAUCCUGCGGUGGAGGCCAUCAGCUCAGACAGAGAGUGUGUGAAGGACCUUUCUUUGGUGGAGAGCCAUGCAUCGGAGAUAAAUCAGAACUGAGAAACUGCAACGAGAAGCGGUGCCCAGAACCUCACGAGAUCUGCGGGGAGGAGAACUACGGCAGUGUGGUGUGGAAGAAAACGCCCGCGGGCGACACGGCUGCUGUGACCUGCCCUUCUGAUGCCACAGGCCUGAUCCUGCGCAGAUGCACUCUGGACGCCGUAGGUCUGGCUUUCUGGGAGAACCCCACUCACAUCAAAUGUAUCUCCAAGGAAUUCCAGGACAUCCAGACCCUGAUGCAUGGUCACGUGACUCGGUCUCAGAGCGGUCAGCUGGUGGACGGUGUGUCUGAGGUGCUGUCUAAAGUGAGGAUGGUGUCGACUGACAAUAUGAAGUACAGCGGCGACCUGCUGGCUGUGAUGGAGGUCCUGAGGAACAGCACGGAGAUCUUCAGAGGCUCAAAGAUGAGCCUGAGCAAUGCAGAUGUGGAGAAUUACGCUCACACCAUCAGUAACUUAAUGGGCGCAAACAUCAAGGAAUUCUUCAGUCUGAUCGAGAGCUUCAUUGACAUGAUCGGACGUCAGAUGAGAGAUUUCCAGGACAUCUAUGAGGUCACCGACAAUCUUGAGCUCAGCGUCCAGAAGCGUCCGCGUACCAUGACCUCUGACGUGACCUUCCCCCUGAAGGGCUGGCGAGGGAUGAUCGACUGGGUGCGCAACUCAGAAGAGAAAGUCACAGUGUCCCGCAGCGCUCUGAGUCUAGACGUGCCAGAUGCUGAGCAGAGCACUGGGUUUGUCACCGGGAUCGUUCUCUACAGAAAUCUGGCUCCCAUCCUGUCCUUCCAGAGACCUUUCACGCCCGUCUCUCUCUCUCUCUCUCUCUAUCUGCAGGGCACUGUGAACGAGACCUGCAUCGCCUGGGACGAGAGCGAGAGCGCGUCUCUGCUCGGCUCCUGGUCCGCGCGCGGCUGCAGAUCGGUGGCGCGCGACUCCAGCACCGCAUGCGUGUGUGACGGACUGUCCACCUUCGCCGUGAUCGCAAGACCGAACCCCGAUCCGAACAUGGAUAAGUCUCUGUUGCCGUCGGUUACGAUGAUUGUGGGAUGCGGAGUGUCGUCCCUCACCCUCCUCCUCCUCCUCAUCAUCUACGUCUCUGUGUGGAAGUACAUCCGUUCUGAGCGCUCAGUGAUCCUGAUCAACUUCUGUCUGUCAAUCAUCUGCUCCAACGCCCUCAUUCUGAUCAGUCAGACACAAGCACGCAACAAGGUUAUGUGUGCCUUGGUGGCAGCGUUCCUGCAUUUCUUCUUCCUGUCCUCGUUCUGUUGGGUUCUGACAGAGGCGUGGCAGUCCUAUAUGGCCGUCACGGGCCGCCUGCGUAACCGCAUCAUCCGCAAACGCUUCUUGUGUCUGGGAUGGGGUCUGCCCGCUUUAGUCGUCGCCAUUUCGGUCGGCUUCACCAAAGCCAAAGGUUACGGCACCGUCAACUACUGUUGGUUGUCUCUUGAAGGCGGACUCUUGUACUCAUUUGUGGGUCCGGCUGCUGCUGUCGUUCUGGUCAACAUGGUGAUUGGAAUUCUGGUUUUCAACAAGCUUGUGUCCAAGGACGGCAUCACAGAUGUUAAGCUGAAAGAGAGGGCUGGGGCGUCGCUGUGGAGCUCCUGUGUGGUUCUCCCUCUUCUCGCGCUGACGUGGAUGUCUGCCGUGUUGGCCAUCACGGACCGCCGCUCCGCACUGUUCCAGAUCCUCUUCGCUGUCUUCGAUUCUCUGGAGGGAUUCAUCAUUGUCAUGGUGCACUGCAUCCUGCGCAGAGAGGUUCAAGAUGCGGUGAAAUGCCGUGUGGUGGACCGCAAAGAUGACGGGAAUGGCGAUUCUGGCAGCUCCCUGCAGAACGGCCACACGCAGCUCGUGUCUGACUUUGAGAAGGACGCCGACUCAAACCGACCAGGUGGAAUGAAGAGCUCCUCCGAGGAGAAGAUGCCCCCUCCACAGAUGCCCCUGCCCCUCGGCCCAAACUUCCACACCCUUCCAUCCAACCCCAGCAGAAAGAGCCACAUUCCCCCCGUCCCCGAGUACUCCAGCCACACGCUCACCCUGCGGAGAGAGAAAGGUCACGGAGUCGACCUGUCCUGUGGCAAACCUGUGUACGUGUGUGACAGUGAGCUCUUCAAGCAGCUGGAUGUCGAUCUGGCCCUCGCUCAGGCCGAGAGCGUCUGUUCGGAUGGCAGCGGUUAUGUGCUCCUGCCCAACACCACCUCCACCCUUCGUGCCAAACCCAAGGAUGACUCCAGCCGCUCCAGCAAAUACAACAUCAGCACCGAGCUCCCGCAGGCCCGUCUCAUGCAUCUGAGCGGAACCUUCGCCGAACCACAAGCUGCCUACGCCGUCAAGACUCUCCCCGCCGACCGCGUCAGUGUAUCGUAUUCAGAGCGAGACUCGCCCAUUCAGAACAUCCACAACAUCUCCAGCGAGAGUCACAUGACCAGCAGUCUGGGCGACACCUUCGACUCCAUGAACUCCAUGAUGUCCAAGAGCGAAACCAUCUCCACCUUGUCCAUGAGUUCUUUGGAAGUCAGCGAGGGGAGGCAGAAAUCUCGUUACGCAGAACUGGAUUUUGAGAAAAUCAUGCACACACGGAAACGCCAUCAGAACAUGUUCCAGGACCACAAUAGGAAGAUGCAUCACGCUGAGAAGGACAGGGAGUCACCGGCAUCCGACAGCAAGUCCGUCAGAUGGAGCGUUUCCUCCGCUGGAAGCGACAAGACAAACCACAGCGAUAAGCAGCAGGGAGCAAUGGAUCGGUCCUGGGAGAGCAUGAGCAGGUCACAGGUGUCUCCUCCUGCCUGGGUCCGGAAGGACAUGGAGCCGCUGCAGGCGUCUCCUCCGGAUCUCCAGGGCGUGGAAUGGGAGAAGGCCGGAGCGACCAUCCCUCUGGUGGGCCAAGAUAUCAUCGACCUGCAGACAGAGGUGUGAGGGCACAGCGUUUAACCCUGAACACCUCGGUCUGCUUUUGAUUUGGGAAAGAGAGCGGAAAUGAAGGGAUGAGCAUGCAGAGGGCAGAAGGUAGAGAAGAACCCGAGAGGGGAGCGCUGUACCCGUCUGUCAUUUGAAUAUGUGUCUCUCCGGCUUCAGAAGUAGCUCUCAGCUCAAGAUGACACUGACCUCAGUCAUUAGAAGGUGUCUGAACAGGGAGAAAGGUUUUCCGAACUCCAUGCGAGGAGAGAUUCCUGGUUGGUUCAUCGAGAGCUCUUCCCAACACGCUUCCAUCUGGUCCAGGAGGUGGUGUGGACGCCCGCCUGUGCCCUUUCAUUUUUCCGCAAUUCCGUUUUGGAAUGGGAGAAUCUUCCCACAGGAGGGUCGAACGCUUUCUUGGCUGCUCGAGAUUGGCCCUUUGCGGCCCCUUCCAGAGCGUUCUCUUCGGUCAAGAGGACGACGUCUCCCUUGAGCCUCUAGGGGUUGCUAGCUGUGCCAAAUGGACACAGAUGAACUGCCGUCGCUGUGGUCUUUGUUUUUAGCGCUUUGCGUGAAGCAUUUCUGGACGCUUCCAUCAAACUUUGGGGAAAUAAUUGUACUGAAAACUUGACUAUAAAGAGCUGAGCAUUUACUUUCAAUGAUUCCUCUGUUGUUAUUGUAACAAGUUAUUAUUAUGAAUGUUAUUUCUUUGUUCUUAUGAUCAUGUUAUGAUUUUGAUGAUCAUGUUUCUCCUCUUGUCUUCAUACCUGUGUUCAUCGAGGUUUAUUUUUAAGUACUGUAUGAAACCGUCUGUUCAUUCCCGAAACAGCAGCAGGACGAACUAUCCCAGCAUGAGCAGCUGAUACUCUCAGCAUUCUGGGUAAUGUAGUUGGAGCAGCAGUGACUGUGUAGCCUUGGACUCUUUGAGGACGAGCUGUUGUUUCCUCCUCCACUCCAUUGGAUCAGACCACUGUGUUCCCUCCAUUCCCACCAGCGGCUCUUUCUACGGCCUUUUGAACGAAGCCCCAGCACACGUUAUGGGCUCCUGCCCACCUGUGAACUUCCGCAGUGCCGGCGGGAGAUAUUCGCAGUGCAGUAUUUAUGCCAAACAAUAGACUGGCAUCAGUGCAAUAUGAGGACAGAUGCUUGAUGCCCAAGCAGGACUGACAUUAGAAUCUUGGCAAGAUUUUGUUAACCAUUUUCAGAGUUUUAUAUCAUCUUUAUAGAGCAUUUAGAAACCUUUAUGACAACACUGUUCACGGACUAUAUUAGCUAUUAAACGAGAAGGACAAAACAAGACGUUGUGUCUUGCUGCUAAAAGAAUGUUCAGGAAAGAAAAAUAUGAUAUAGUAAUAGCCUAGAGAUAUAUCUGACUGUGCUUCAGGAAAAUGCCCUAGAGUUUUUUACUUGAUUCCUCCAUAUUGUUGAGACACUGAACCCUCGGUCGUCUGUACGGUCUCUUGUUUUAUGAACCUGUUUGUCUCUGUGUGUAUGCCGAUAUCCUUCCUCGCGUCUCUACGUUCAUUUGAGGUUCCCGAUGUCUGUCUGAAUC